AUGCAAAUCUGUGAAAUCGGAUUUGCUACAACACCAGAAGAAACUGUAUCACGUUUAUUAGAAGACCCACAUGUUAAAGAAAUUGUCUCAAUUUUAUUUCAACAAGGACAUAAUGCAAAAGAAAUCCUCAAAGAAGUUUUGGAAGAAAGCAAAGUGCAUCGAGAUAGUAUUAUAGCAAAAAUAGGUCAAGAAAAUAAUUCUACCACGUCAAAAGGAUGGCAAUAUCAACAUCGAUAUACCGAUGUGAUAAUUUUAAAAGUACAAAAAUCGAACGAUAUUAGAAAAAAAGAUGGUCCGUGCUUUUUUAAUGGUCAUCAUGAUGUUUUAGGUGAAAUAUUUAAAGACUUUACACCAAUCAUUACAAUUCAUCACGAAGAUGAAUUAAAGCCUGAAGAUCAUGAUGCUGAAAAAUUAUAUUCAAUGAUUGAAAUACCUUCGAUGUCAUUUGUUGCACCAUUACAAACUUUACAUAGUAAUUUUUUCUUCAUCGUUUCAAAUUCUACAUACAAUGGCGAUAAAACAAAUAUUCAAGAGUUUAUAUUUUUACGUCAUAAUCAUAAACAUGAUGAAGCUAAACCUUGA